UCGGGCAGCCAAUCAGGACUCGGGGCGCCCUCCCCGAGGGGCGGCCGCACGCGCCGGGAGGACAAGAGCCCGCAGGGCCCGAGCUCGGGCUCGCAGCCCCGCGCAGCUGCUUCGGAAAGCUGCGACAGCGGGUGGCGAAGGCCAAGCGGGAGGCAGAGGACGAGAAUGAAUGGACCAGCGGGACUCGCGUCCCUGGACCGUCGCGAGCGGGUUCUCAAAUUAGGCGAAAGCUUCGAGAAGCAGCCGCGUUGCGCCUUCCACACCGUGCGCUAUGACUUCAAACCAGCUUCUAUUGAUACUUCUUGUGAAGGGAAUCUUGAAGUUGGCAAAGGUGAACAGGUGACAAUAACUCUACCAAAUAUAGAAGGUUCAACUCCACCAGUCACAGUUUUCAAAGGCUCCAAGAGGCCUUACUUAAAAGAAUGCAUUUUGAUUAUUAACCAUGAUACUGGGGAAUGCCGCCUAGAAAAGCUCAGCAGCAACAUCACUGUGAAAAAAACAAGAGUUGAAGGAAGUAGUAAAAUUCAGUAUAGACUAGAGCAACAGCAGCAGCAGCCAAUGUGGAACCCACCUAGGACUUCCAACCUUGAACGCCAUUCUCCAUCGUCUCUAAUGGAUGAUAUUGAAAGAGAACUGAAGGCAGAAGCUAGUCUAAUGGACCAGAUGAGCAGUUGUGACAGUUCAUCAGAUUCCAAAAGUUCUUCAUCUUCAAGUAGUGAGGAUAGCUCUAGUGAUUCAGAAGAUGAUGACCGAGUCUCUCCUUCAGGCCCAGGGACAUAUAGCCCAGUACAUCCUAGCAUGUCUGCCAGGCCACAGUCCAGGACUAAUGCUAGCUGCAAUGGAUUUUCUGACAACAGUGCCCUUCUGAUGAGUACUUUACGAAAUGAUUUGCAGCUGAGUGAAUCAGAAAGUGACAGUGAUGACUGAAGCAAUAUUGAGUCACAAAGAGGACAUUUGUAAAACGUGUGGUAAUCUGUUUUGUAGUAAGAAUAAGUACUCCAAUGACUAAGGAAAAGAUGCAACUUUUGCUGAAAAAAUUAAAUUGAUUCAGAAUUUUUAACUUUU